ACACGUACAAUGUGCUACAGCGUGGGACAAAGUGAAGGUGCGACAUUGGACUCACAGAAAAAUAACCACAGGGGGCGACAAAGUGAAGGCGCGACACUGGACUCACAGAAAGAAGACUACAGGGGGCGACAAAGUGAAGGAGCGACACUGGACUCACAGAAAGAAGACUACAGGGGGCAAUAAAGAGGAGGUGUGGAACUGGACUCACAGAAAAAUAACUACAUGAGGCAAUAAAGUGGAGGUGUGGAACUGGGCUCACAGAAAGAUAAAUACAUGAGGCAACACAGAGAGGGAGAGUCCAUUAUUAUCAUUGUUAUUAUAAAAGAUGAAUCAGGUAGAGAGGGAGGAGCGUGGACACUAUAAGCCGCCUGUUCAGCAUCCCCGAAACACCUGAGACCCUGAGAAAGAGGAAAUGACAGAGAAGGUAAUGAGAAAAGUAGAAAGGGGAUGAAUGAGGAAAGAGGAGCAUCUGUGUUAGUAUUAUUUUAAGAGAUAAAUAAAAUAAAGAGAGAGGAGUGCGGACACUAUAAGCUCCCUGUUCAGUUGCUCCCAAACACCUGAGAUGCAGAGAAAGAGAACAUGAAAGGGAAAGCAAUGAGAUAUGUAGAAAGAGUAUGAGAUAAUAUACUAGAUUAUAAAAGUGGAGGGACAGAAGUAGAGCAACAAAUACAGUAUCCCAAAACACACGAAGGGAGGCAAUGCUAUGGUCGACACAUACAUAAGAUAGUGUUCAGUACAUAAGUAUGGCAUGGCUUCUCAUAUGUCAAUGGAUCAGUGUCCUCUAACCCAAGAAAUAUUAGUAUUAUAAGUCUACUGGGUAAAGUUCUGUCGCUACCAUUGACGUAACAGCAUUAUAUAAAUUAAAUAUACAUGCAUUUUUCUAUUUUUUUAUUUGUGUUGUGUUAGACGGUGGCAGUAUUUAAAGAGUAGCUCCCCCCAAAUGAAUCAUCUAUGUAUGUAUAGUCACUGCCGACCUUAGGACCGUAGCAUAAAUAUAGUUACACCACAUAAGAAAUGUCAACUAUCGUCUAUAUAUAUAUUUUACCGCAAUCUGGAAGUGUUGUUAUAUUUCUGCCAUACAAAUCUGACUGACUCAAUUUAGUGCCAUGUAUAUUAAGUUCCACUGCUGUCUAAGGGUCGGUCAUCAAAACUAUUACUCAGACUGAAAAGGCCACUACUAUAAUACAAAGUUCAUGGAUUGUACUUCUUACUUUAUCUCAGCACAAGAAACCUACCAAUUCUGUGACAUGAUUAUAGUGAUCAUGGGCUGCUACAUAUGGGAAAAGGCUACAUGAGAGGGCUUUGCUUAUAGUGGCAUGUUUUCUGCUACACAUGGCCAUUAUAGGAUGCUACACAUGGGAACAUUUCAUAAGAAGGGUUUUAGUGAUAGUGGCAUUCAACACAGCACACAGGAAACCCAUGAGAGGGGGCAUGGCAUUCAACACAGCACACAGGAAAAGGAUGAGAUGGGGCAUGGCAUUCAACACAGCACACAGGAAAAGAAUGAGAUGGGGCAUGGCAUUCAACACAGCACACAGGAAAAGAAUGAGAUGGGGCAUGGCAUUCAACACAGCACACAGGAAAAGAAUGAGAUGGGGCAUGGCAUUCAACACAGCACACAGGAAAAGGAUGAGAUGGGGCAUGGCAUUCAACACAGCACACAGGAAAAGGAUGAGAGGGGGCAUGGCAUUCAACACAGCACACAGGAAAAGAAUGAGAGGGGGCAUGGCAUUCAACACAGCACACAGGAAAAGAAUGAGAGGGGGCAUGGCAUUCAACACAGCACACAGGAAAAGAAUGAGAGGGGGCAUGGCAUUCAACACAGCACACAGGAAAAGGAUGAGAUGGGGCAUGGCAUUCAACACAGCACACAGGAAAAGGAUGAGAUGGGGCAUGGCAUUCAACACAGCACACAGGAAAAACAUGAGAUGGGGCAUGGCAUUCAACACAGCACACAGGAAAAGAAUGAGAGGGGGCAUGGCAUUCAACACAGCACACAGGAAAAGAAUGAGAGGGGGCAUGGCAUUCAACACAGCACACAGGAAAAGAAUGAGAGGGGGCAUGGCAUUCAACACAGCACACAGGAAAAACAUGAGAGGGGGCAUGGCAUUCAACACAGCACACAGGAAAAGAAUGAGAGGGGGCAUGGCAUUCAACACAGCACACAGGAAAAGGAUGAGAGGGGGCAUGGCAUUCAGCACAGCACACAGGUGAUCAUCAAGCAGGUUGGUGUCAGUACCCACAUAAACACUUGGAAAGAAAUGAUCAGCCUUAUACUGGUAGCUUGUAAAGGCAAUCUGCUGGUCUCGUGACUGACUAUCUCAAUCUUCAAUGUCUUCUAUCAAGGGAACUACAUGUCUUUUAUUCACCGCUAGCAUGCAGAGGGACAAAGAAAUGUGCAUCUGUAACCUCUGUGUCUUGGGAAUUAAUAAACUAUGUCAAAGGAGGUAGACAAAAAAGUAUAUUUCAAAGUAAGAUCAACUACAUAUCUUCCCCCGUUUUUUGUCUUCCUCUUAACUCUCCUUUAUUAUAUCUCUUUUUCCACUUCCUUGUCCUUCCCUCCUCCAUGAUUCUGUUCCUUUCCUU